CAUAUUUCCACUUCCGUAAAAAAUCUUGUGAUGUGUCCACGAUUUGUUGUUCUUAAUCCAUGAUGAUGAUGACUAAAUGACAAUCAUAUGACGUUCUGAAUAUCUGUCAAAAUGGUUUCGGGGUGCGUUUAUUUAUUUUCGUUUUUAGUUUUCUGUUCACUAUUCUCCACUCUAGCAGGUGUUGAUGCUGGCAAAGAUGGCAGUACCCAAAGAGCGCGAGCGUCGACGUCGGUGGCGCCAGACACAACGUCGACCGUUAACUCGACGGCAGUGGCGCCGCUUACAAGCACCAGCAAUGACACGGUGAAGGAGAAGACAAUAAUGGAAACCAUAAAAGAUAACAAGGAUAUGUUGAUGAGGGCGUUCUACGUCCUGAUAGGAGUCACUGCCAUUGUUGUGAUUUACUUCGGCGUCCGAGCCUGGAGGUUGAGAAGGAAACGCAACAAGACAAAGAAAUACGGUUUGAUAUCUGGUCGUGGGGCAGAUUAUGAGAUGGCACCAUUAGAUGCUGAUGAUGAUGAUGACGACGAAGAUACAACUGUUUUUGAGAUGAACAGAAGAAAAAAGUGAAACAUGUCAAAGAAAAAAGAUUCAAAAGAUUUGAUGGAAGCUGGUUACUGGACAAAAAUUGCAGGAGUUUUGAAUUAGAAAUAUGAAUGGUUGUAUAUGGAUGAAACCAUCUUCAUUAUAUUUGUAAAUCUGGACUUAAUAGCAGUGAUGGUUAAAUUACCUGUGAGAUAGAUCAGUAGGUAAUCACUAAAGUUUGCAACGGAAGAUUAUCCUCACAGAUUUUGAGUUCAGAACUCAGUGAAUGAAUGAACUUUAUGUCAUUGGUCUUUUCUAUCAGUGUGGACACUUUCAUGAACAGGAGAACAAGUAUAGGGAUUGUGAGAUUGAGAGAAGAAUCUCUGUUUAUUUAUCUUUCUAUUUAAUCACAUUGUUAAGGACUUAGAUGUUAAAAACUAGACUUCUAAUUACUCUAUGAAACAAAUUGUUUAUUGAACUACGGUAGAUACUGGACAUGGUAGAGUACAGUAGAUUCCUCAUUUUACCCAAGUACUUUAUCCCAUCAACCAUUUUGAAUCAAAUCGUGAGAAUAUGAAAUUAUGUAUGCCAAAUUUUUAUUAAAAAGACGUUUAGUUCAAAUCUGUCUGAAAAAUAAAAGCAAGAAUUUAAAAUCCAUGAGAUGUGGUUCUAGAGAUUUUACGUGGAUAUUAUUAAUUCCUGGCUUUUAAUUAGGAAUCUACCAUAUUCGUUGUAGCAAACAUGUUUGUUUCUUUAAUAUUUACAUACAGUAGUUGAAGUACAAGUCUGGUGUCAGUUACCUAGGUGCAAUUUCGAUAAACUUAAUGUAUUGACUAUGUACAUGUAAUACUCUGACGUGGGUGACUUUAUAUUGAUGGUGCUUUGUCAUGUGUUAGUGAUUGUUUGUUAUGAAAUCCAUUUUUAUUUUUGUACAUUUUUGUGUAUUUUGUUAGUACUUUCAGUUUACAUAUGUAUUACUUUUAUGUUUGUUGAAGCAUACUGAGAAAGUGUGAACACUGACGUUUAUCCUGAAAAGUUUGAGUACAUGUGAACUAAACAAAGAAUAAUACCGUACUACCGGGUAAUUGUUUACUUGUCUACAAGUUCUAAGAUCCAUCCUAUAGUCCCUAAUCAGAUGACAAGUAUUGUGUUAUGGUGAUGGUGCUUUAAUUAAUCAGUAUCUGUUUAACUUUAUCAUCUUUAUACUUGUAUCAUUAUUUUUUGGGGAGCAAAAUGUAAAACAGGUAUUUGCUCCCAGUUUUACAAUUAGUUUUUGUUUAAACAGCAAUAAAAUUAAUUGUUCAGCACAUUUUAACUUUAUAUAUAGAUUUUUUACAAACUUCCAAGCAUGCAAAAGUCAAAAUAGAAGUGAGUAAAUUGUAAUGUUAGAACUAAAAUGUGUAGUAAACCAAAGUUUUUGUUAGAAACCCAUGUUAAGUACAUGGCAAACCUUCGUGAGGCAAGUUUUUGUUAGAAACCCAUGUUAAGUACAUGACAAACCUCCGUGAGACACUGAUGCCUUGAGUUCUAACUACCUUACUCUACGUGUGGUGUUGAUGUCUGUGAACUCAUGAAUCUGUAUGAUAUGCAAAUACUGGUAUUCUGGUGUAUACAUGUAUAUAUAGCUUUGUUCUUUGUGAGAAUCUGUCUUUCAAUUUGUCAUUAAUAUUAAUGUCCAAAGCGUUGCCUUGAUAUUUGACUUUAUCAAACAAUGAUGAGCCAGAUGAAGCACAGAAUCAAGUUUUUUUUAAUUAAAAGUUUCUUUGUAUAAUUUG